GCCAUUCGGAACACAAUUCGUGACGCGCGUGGUGAAUUCGUGCCGCACGCAGCCGCUCACACAAUGAAUGCCACGUAAAUGUGUGCGUGUCGACCGUGCGCCGCGGCGCGCGCCGUUGCCAUUCGCCGUUCGUAACCAGUGCAAAGCGUUCGUGCGUUGCGGUCCGUUUGCGCCGCACGGCAUACCAACUUCCCAUCCCCAGACAUGGACUUGAGCAAAGACGAAGUGUUCACUUUGAUCAACGCAUACCGAAGCCAAAGGGUACUAUGGGAUACGAAUCAUAAAGGAUAUUUCAACAAGCACAUCAAAACAAGAGCGUGGCAGAUAGUAGCUGACGCAGUUGGCGUUGACUUGGAAAAUGCGAAGCGGAAGAUGGCUAGUUUGCUUGGGUCGUUUAGGCGAGAGAAAUCUAGAGGAAAGAGGAUAAAUAAAAAUGAUCCAACAAGCCCCCUGCAGUACAAAUCCGAUUGGUUUGCCUUUAAAGCCUUCAGCUUCUUACUCGACCCAGCACUGAAUCCCGUCAAAUUAGAUUCUGGAAUAACUCAACAAGAAAUAUCAAAUAAUUUUGAAAAUGACAAUGAGGAUGAUGAAAAUGGAACAAUAGCAUCUCAGUAUGAACACGUUUACCUGACACCAGACACAGUCGUCUCCGACGUUCCACAAGAUACUACAAUCGCCGAGUUCCCCAAACCUAUCACGCCCAGAACAAAACGAUCCUCGUCAUCCCACCACGAGAAUUCAGAGUGCCCAGCGAAACGAGACUACCGAGAACCGCACACGCCAAAUGAAAGCGUACGAAAAGAUGCGACGGCAAAAUUUGCAAAGUACCUAGAAGCCAAGCUAAAUCUCUUCAAUCCGACUGCCAGUGCGAUACUGAUCCACAAAAUCAAUCAGUUGAUCUUCGAAGCUGAGAUGAGCUCUAUAUCACAGCCUCAUUCUUUCUCCAUGGCCAGCGUAUCGCCCAAGUCGAAUUGGACGUCCAGUCCUCCCCAUAUUAACCCGUUGGUUCAGAUAGAAGUUUCUAGAUAUGAUGAAGAUGAUGAAGAUAGGAAAGAUGGAGUAGUAAACACACCUUAAAUGUUACAUAUCUUUUAGUUAAUCUAAACCAAACUGCACUGCAUUAUAGUCAAUUAAAAUUGUUGAUAAAGCAAAUCCAAAUAUGAGGACGCAAUUUGUAUACCUCAAUUAGUUUGUAUGUAAGUUUGCACAAACCACUAGUUUCAAUGUUAAGAUAUGAUCCAACUGUGAUUCUAUAAAUAAAUAC